AUGGCUCUUAGUCAAGUCGGUUCCUACCGGUGGGCUUUGUGGGUGCUGUUGCUUGUGUCUUGUGCUCGCGCAUUCUACAUCCCUGGUUACUCGGUGACCCGCUAUAACGACAACGACCCAAUUCCUCUUCUCGUAAACAAAAUCUUCUCGGAUCAUACCCAACUCCAGUAUGCAUAUUUCGACCUCCCUUUCGUCUGCCCGCCGAGCGGCAAAACACACGGAGGCUCACCGUUCGGAUCUGGCCAACGUGUCUCGCUCAAUAUUGGAGAGAUACUACGUGGAGAUCGAAUCAUGACGUCCGACUUUGAGGUCGCGAUGGGAAGGGAUAUUGAGUGUCAGUCGCUUUGCACUCGUGAAGUCAGUCGUUCUAAUGUGAAAUGGGCUCGUCAACUUAUCAAGGAAGGAUAUGUGGUCGAAUGGAUUGCCGAUAACCUGCCCGGAGCCACUAGCUUUGUGACAGUGGAUCGAAGCCGCAAGUACUACGCCUCGGGAUUCAAACUUGGCUACAGAGACAUCUCUCCAAUCACCGGACAGCCACGGUAUUUCAUCAACAACCACUUCACGAUCGUCAUCCGCUGGCGGAGCGCACCUGAAGGAGGGAAGCUGGUAGUUGGAUUUGAGGUGUACCCGAAGAGUAUCACCGCCGAGGACCGCAAGGAGGACGGAUGCCCCAGGGCAGUUCACAACAACAACGAAGGACUGGGACUGUAUAUCCCGCCUGAUCUUUCCCGAAUGCAAGAAAAAUACUCUGGACUGUCAUAUAUUCCAGAGGAUGACGAUGACGAUGACGGAGUUACACUGAAGGUCCCUUACACCUACUCUGUUUACUUCCGCGAAGACACCCAGGUUGACUGGGCAAACCGCUGGGAUUUAUACUUUACCAAUCAAGAUGAAAGCUCGAUAACCCAUUGGUUGGCGAUCAUCAAUUCUUUGACGAUUUCCAUUGUGCUGGGAGUGACUGUAUUCGUCAUCUGGGGCCGCACGGUGCAAGGCGACAUAAAAGGCCGGGGCGAUGGUGCUAUGGAUGAUCGGAAGACCAAAAGUCAAUCUCGACGGAGGAGCCGCAAAUCCACCGAGAAGAAAGGCGAGGGUCUUUUGGAAGAUAAUGCGGAUGUGGAGCGCGACGCGGACUACACCUCGGACGAGGAAGCUCUCGAAGAUACAAGUGGCUGGAAGCUUCUCCAUGGAGACGUGUUCCGAAUUCCCGCUUAUAGUGGUCUUCUUGCUCCAUUGGUUGGAUCAGGCAUGCAGCUAUUGUUCAUGGCUUCAGGCUUGCUCUCUCUCAGCUGCUUAGGAGUCUUGAACCCAAGCUUCCGUGGUGGCUUCGUCAGUGUCGGCAUGGGUUUAUUCGUUUUUGCGGGCCUUUUCUCUGGUUACUUCUCAGGAAGACUUUACAAAACCUUUGGUGGCACCGCCUGGCGCAAAAACACUCUGAUUACCGCUUUGCUAUUCCCUGGCCUGACAUUCUGCCUUUUGUUUAUCCUGAACUUGUUUGUUUGGGCACAAGCAUCAAGUACCGCGAUUCCAUUUGGCACUCUGAUCGGACUCCUUGCACUUUGGCUCCUUAUCCAAGUCCCGUUAGUGUACAUUGGCAGCUGGGUCGGCUACGCCCGUGCGAUGCCAUGGGAGCACCCCCUGAAGACGAACGCGAUUCCCCGUCAAAUUCCACCCCAGCCAUGGUAUCUCAGCAGCCCUCUCGGCCCCAUGUUAACCGGUCUCAUUCCAUUUGCGGUUCUCUUCAUUGAGCUCCUCUUCGUUUUCAAGAACUUGUGGCAGGACAAAACUGGUUAUUACUACGUGUUCGGCUUCUUGAGUGUUGUCUCAACUGUAUUGAUUGUGACAGUCAUCGAGGUGACUGUCAUUGCAACAUACAGCCAGCUUUGCUCCGAGAAUUACCAUUGGUGGUGGCAGAGCUUCAUCGCCGGCGGCAGCAGCGCGUUUUGGAUUUUUGCCUACUGCAUCUGGUAUUAUUUGUUCAAACUUCAUAUCACCGGUUUUGUGUCAGGCUUGCUGUUCUUCAGCUACAGCUUCCUUGCCUGUGCUGUUUAUGGCCUCUUGACCGGAACUGUCGGUUUUUUGGCCGCUUACGCAUUCGUCAGGCGUGUCUAUAGUGCUAUCAAGGUCGACUGA